AGAAAGGAAAGCACAACUCCUCUUUCUUCCACCACUCGCAUCAUUAAAAUGCCUUCAUGGUGUUUCUCCCUUUCCCCAAUCUCCAUGGCUUCUCAAUCUCUCACCCUUCUCUUCUUCUUCGUCCUCUUACCUUCCCUCCUUCCUGUUCUCCAUGCCCAGCAACCCUACGAAGGCCUUCUCACCACAGACUGCGAGACCCAACACAACUCCUCCUCUCUCCUUGGCUACUUCUGCAACAGCCAACCCAAUUGCCAGGCCUUCCUCACCUUCCACUCCCAGCCCCCAUAUAAUUCCGUGGUCUCCAUCUCCUCCUUGUUGAGCUCCCACCCGUCCGAGCUCUCCCAGGCCAACUCCGUAAGCCCGAUCGCCACCUUCCCCACCGGCACCAAGGUGGUGGUCCCUGUCAACUGCUCUUGCUCAGCCAACAACACCUAUCAGAGUCUCUCCACCUGCCAAUCCAUCAUGAACCAGAGCCUCAAUGGCACCACCAAGUUGUUUGCCGGCGUUGAGAUCACUGUGCCUCUUCGGUGUGCUUGUCCUACCAGCAAUCAGACCUCCAGUGGCGUGAAGUACCUGCUGAGCUACCUGGUGGAUAACGGCGACACCAUCUUCGGCAUAAGCAGCAGGUUUGGGGUGGACCAGCAGAGCAUCGAAGAAGCAAACGAGAUAUCGGGCACCAACAUCUACCCCUUCACGACCCUCCUCAUCCCCCUACGGAGCCAGCCCAACACGUCCCAGCUCGCGGCCCCUCCGCCUCCGCCGCCGCUGCAGUCACCUCCCGCCGCUCCCCCUCCGGCUGGGAACAGCUCCAGCCACGCCGGUCUUUACGCCGGGAUCGGAGUCGCCGCGGGCGCUCUCGCCCUGGCUGCGCUUGUCGCGAUCUACUGUGUUGCCGCUAAGGCCAAGAAGAAGAAGGUAGGCGAAGCUCUUCCUUCCAAUGAUUCAACCACCUACGGAACAGCAUAUGGCAAAUCAUCAGACGUGGAAUCCUACGAGAAAGAAGCAUCAGAAGACGUAAAGACGAUGAUAUCCGAGAUCGGGCACGCCUUGAGAGUGUACAAGUUCGAGGAGUUGCAGUUCGCAACAGAGAACUUUAGCUACGAGUGCCUCAUCGAAGGAUCAGUUUACAGAGGCAUGUUUAAUGGGGAUGCAGCUGCAGUGAAGGUCAUAAAUGGGGAUGUGUCCAAGGAAGUCGAGGUACUGAAGAAGAUCAACCAUUUCAAUCUGAUCAAGCUCUCUGGCAUCAGCUUCAACCAAGGCCAGUGGUUCCUCGUAUCCGAGUACGCCGAUAACGGGCCUUUAAGCCACUGGAUCUUCGACACAUCCGGUUCCAAGGUGCUGAGCUGGGUUCAGAGGAUGCAGAUAGCUGUGGACGUCGCCAAUGGCGUCAGCUACCUCCACAGCUACACCGAGCCGGCGUACGUGCACAAGGACAUCAGGAGCAGCAACAUUCUGCUGGACCAGACGAUGCGGGCGAAGGUGGCCAACUUCGGGAUGGCGAGGGCGUCGGAGGGAAGAGACGGCGAGUUCGUGUUGACGAGGCAUAUCGUGGGGACGAAGGGCUACUUGGCGCCGGAGUAUCUGGAGCACGGACUGGUGUCUCCCAAGCUCGACGUGUAUGCUUUCGGCGUGGUGAUGAUGGAGACGAUCACCGGGAGAGAUGGCUCGGAAACACAGAGAGGGGAUAAGUUCUCAUGGAAUGCGUUGGUCACCAUGGUUAGCGAAGGAGGAGGAGGAGGAGAUGCCAUGGAGAAGCUUGGAAGCUUCAUGGAUCCUCUGCUGGCAGGCAAAUAUCCUUCAGAUUUAGGUCUUGAGAUGGUUAGAUUGAUCGAGAGAUGUCUGAGGAGGGAUGCAGGUAGUCGGCCAAGCAUGGAAGAAGUAGCACAAUCUUUGUCGAGAAUACAUUCGAUGUCACUAAUCUGGGAACAAUCACCAGCAUACUAGAUUUUGAACCGUAAGAAGGAUCUCAUCUUGUAAUGUAUGAAUGAGACAGGUAAACUGCUCCAAACACUCUGCCUCAUCCUGUAAGCAUCUGCUAAUGGAUGCAUUCCCUUUUCACGGAAACCAUCUUACCAUCAACAUUAUGUUACUCAUAAAUUUGUCGUGAGUUUUCGAAUAGAUUGAUAACAUGUUUUGGGAAUUUCUCCGGCAUCAA